GCUAGGGCAGCAGCACUGUGAAGAGAAAAUUUGUUUGUUGUGGAGAGCAGGCAUAAGUUGUAAUGUUUGAAUUAAUCAUUAAUGACUAAGUUAGUAUAGUCUACUGAUAAAAAAGUUGUUGUUAAAUGUUAAUAAUAUUAAAAUUCCACACUAUGUACUAUACUUAGCAUUAGAUCUAAUGUAUAUUUAUUGAAUCAGCAUGAAAGCUAAUACGAUUAAUGAGAAGCGUUAUAACUAUUGUGGUGUUUAUUGAAGCUUAUGCUGUUGGCUAAGACAGAAGGUCUACUUGAAAAUGUCUGGUCUAAAAAACAAUCCUAUUCUUCAUGUUGUUGUUGUAGGCUUUCAUCACAAAAAGGGUUGUCAGGUGGAUUACUCUUAUCCUCCAUUAAUAAAAGGUCAGCCUUAUGACAGUAGUGAACUACCUGUGUGUUGGAAACACCUCCCUUCUCUUGCUCUGCCUGAUGGAGCACACAACUGUGAGAAAGAAACCAUUUAUUUUCACCUCCCAUCUUUGGACAAUCCACGACAAACAGUCUAUGGAAUAUCGUGUUACAGACAAAUGAAUGCAGAGAUGUUGAUAAAUCGCAGUCUGGACGUAACUAGAGGAACUGUACAAAAAAGUGUUUGUGUGCUAUCUUAUCUUCCUCUCUAUGGACUAAUUCAAGCCAAAUUGGAGCUCAUUACACAUGCUUACUUUGAUGAGAGAGACUUCAGUAAAGUGGCACUGUUAGAAGAAACUUACAAGAACUUAAAUUCAUUACUUACCCCUGAUCUAGUGUGGGGAACACAAGUAUUUUUAGGUCUUCCUGCUCGAGAUCUAAUUUUGACAUUCAAACACAAAACCCUGCUGUUAUUUAAACUGUUACUAUUAGAAAGAAAGGUUCUCUUUUAUAAUACUGGAGUGAAAGACCUUUGUUCUGUUGUGCUGACAUUAUGCUCCUUGUUCCCAGGAAUGAUUGAAAAAGGAUUGGAGGAAUCAGCCAGUGUAAGUUUGAGAAGACUGUCACCAGACCUACGAACUAUUCAGGAAGGAGAUUAUUUGGAAGUUCACUAUGAAGAAAGUGAAACUGAGCCAGUGUCAGUUCAUGAUUUAGGUUUCUGUAAAAACAUAGCUGAAGAAGUAGAAAACCAAAAGAAUGUUGUAAAAGCUAAAUCAGUAGAAAGAGAAUCAUCUAGCUUACAUCUUGUAUCACCAGAUUAUAGUAAUGCUACAAAGUUAUCUUCUAAGAAGGAAAUUUUGGAAACUCAUGAAAAGCAAAAAUUUUCUGAUGAUCAUAACUUAACAUCACAUCUUGUUGAGUCCCAAAAUGUAGAAGUAAAAAUAGAACCCAAAUUCAAAGAGUGUAAUAUUAAAGCUAUUCCUAAAGAUUUAGACAACAUAGAUGAAACUUGCAACUCAAAAAAUGAAGAACAAGUGGGAGACUACAGCAUUAUUCAGUCAAAAGUGCAGCAAACUCUGGGAGUUCACAAAAGUAAUGUUACUGUAAAUGAAGAAGAAAAUGGAAACCUUCUGAGAGAAAUAGAAGAAGCAUUGGCAUCCAUGUCAGUAACUCAUUCCACAAACAGUAGAUUUUCUUCUCAUGAAUCAGGACAUGAAGGCUAUAAAGUUCCAUUUUCAUUAUGUGGUUCUGAAGGGGAUAGUAACGAUAAAACAUAUGGAAAUGAAAAAACUGUGAUUUCCAGUUCUUUGUCUUACUCUCAAGAUGUUCCAAAAGAGGAUUAUAUGUCUGUAAACAAUGAAAAUAGCCUGCUUGAUGAAGAAUUGAAGAAAAAUGUGUACAAGUCAAUGUCAUUAACAUCAGUUUUAAGCUUGGAACUAGAUUCCUGUGGGCUCCCAUUGGAGAUAUUCAAAAAGGGAGCUCUGUGUCAUCCAUAUCUUUCCUUGCCAUUCCUGGACCUCCUCACCAAUGUCAAUAUAAGAAACUUUGUUGUUGGUGCAAACAAUGUUUUAUUUAGACAGAAGAAACAUCUCUUUGAUGUGUUAGUAGAGAUUGAAGAUUCCAGAAUUGAUAUUUUUGAUGCAGAACUCAGAAAACAACUCCACCUAACUACGGAAGAUUUACGAUUUGCUGAUUACUUGGUCAGACAUGUUAGUGAUGAAAGCAGCGAUAUUUUUUUGGAUGGAACAGGUUGGGAAGGUGGUGAAGAAUGGGUCAGAACCCAAUUUAAACUGUAUUUAUUAAGCCUACUAAGGACAACACAGUCAGAAGAUUGUGGUAAAGAGGCAGAAGAAUUUAAUUCCAGUUUUGUAAUGGCAUGGAAAACCACACAUAACUACAAGAUGUGGAAAAGUGGGAAUUAUCUAGGUAUCUUGGAAGUCAAUCCAGUUCAUCCUUUUCAUGGUCAGUUGAAUGUUGGAGACAUGAGACUUCGACUUGCACACACAAUGCAAAACUCAGAAAAAGGGAGGAGGUUAAAUCAAGCAGUCAUGAGCACUGGAAAAGCUGUUGUUCAAACUAGUCGAGUUUUUGGAGGUGCAUGGACAAGUGCUAAGUCCAUGAUGUCAUCUUGGUGGUCAAAUUUUGGUUCUUCUUCCCAGUAUAAUAUCCCGUCAUCGGCCAAGUCACAAACUUACCCUGAACUCGACUUAGUUGUAAACUCUGGUCACGAUGAGCUCCAGCAUUUGAAAGAUAUCAACCCUAUGUUACAAGACGUAGCCUCUGAGAGUGAAAGUGGACAUUCUAGUGACAUAGAGGGCAAUAAAACUUGUGGUAAUCAUUCAGAGUUGAAAUGUAAAGAGAAAAAGCAUGUAUAGUACACAUUAUAUUUUGCAUUAUAUCUUUGUGAAUGAGUUUAUUAUUUGUUGUUGAAAGAAAAACAUAUAACUUGUAUAUAGAGAAUUUAUUAAUUAUGUUAAUAAAAGUUGAGUUUGGAUUUCAAAACACAAUAUUAUGCAAAAGUAACAAAACCAUAGUAAAGUGCAUUGAUUUAAAAUGAUCAGAAAGUUUUUAAAAUUAUGUGUUUGAACACAUUGUUAAAGUGAGCUAUAUGCAUAAUUCAGAAGUAAGUGCAAUUUUCCAUAAAGUAUUUUAUCUUAGCAUUUAUUGAAUCACAAUUUUGCAUGAAUACACUGUCUACCAUAGUUCUAAAAAAAUAAUUUACCUUACAAGGAAAUUGCUCAAAUUGCCAUUUUCCCAUUUAUAAUUUGUUAUGUAUGCAUGUCGUUGUUGAGAAACUGUUUUCUGUAACUUUAACCUGAAUGCUUACCUUUAUACCACUGAAAGUUUUGAACAUGUAAUUUGCCAGUCAAACCUACUUGUUGUCAGUUAUGGAUUUACUACCAUUGUAGCUUCUUGUCAAUAGCAAACAAUACAAAUGAAGUAUUUAAAAGAAGAUAAAUAUACUGUUAAAAUUCUUUUUUAUAUAAAAAUCUAGCAAUACAUCAUAAAUAGACUUUUGCACUGUACUACAUAUGUUUUGUACUUCAAUUUGAUGAUAUUACUGACUUCAGGUUUCAGAUAAAGAUUAAUACAUCAUGCUGAAAUAUGUGUAAUUUGAAAAUAAUGUUAUUGUUGCUUACUUUUGAAAAUUUUAAAACAUUGCUGAUGACCAUUGACACUUAUUGUUUAAAUAUAUAUGUAAAUACUUGCUAGUGAGAUAUUUCUCUGUAUUGAUUUUUCAUUUAAUAAUUGAAAAUAAUGAAUAUGAUUAUCAGUUUUAUACAUGUUAGUUUGGCCAUCGAAGAACUAUUUUCAGUAAAGAAUUAGUGCUGAUGAAGUAUGUAAAAGCAAUCAAAAAUUAGAUUUAGUAUCAGUUAAAAACCUUAGUGUUUUUGUCAACUUUGUCAUCCAACUGUGUUUUGUGCUAAACUCUAGCAAUAUUAUCUCUACUAAGAUAUUGAAUGAGGCAGGCAAUGAAGUGUCGUUUGAGAACAUUUGAUAUAGAGUGAAAUGUGAAACACAAUUAUGCUCUAAUCACAUCUGAUGGUAAUUUAGCAUAGUACUGGAUCACAAGCUUGUUUUGUUUUUGUAUGUUUUAGCAGUUUUAUUUUGUAGUGUCUGUACAAUGUUCAUGGGACUGUCAGCUAUAGAUUUACUUAAUUUUUUUUACUGCUAUUAACUUCAUAGUGAUGGAGUAACAUAAGUAGAAUACAAAACUUUUUAAAUUCCUUAUCUAAGUAUUCUUGUAAUAAAUUAUCGAAGGUUACAUAAGUAGAAAAUGACAUUCUUGUUAUAACAUUCAUGAAUUUGAUUGUUAUACAAAACACCAGCUGUAAUGGGAUAAUUAUUUAAGUGUAGUGUUACAGCACUAAAGUCUCUGUUUGUGAUUUAAUUGGGACCUGUAGAGUAGAAGAGUGAAGAAUAAUAAGUCGUGAUACUAUUUGAGACAGAUAUGCUGAAAAUGUGUUGUGAACUUUAUUCUUUGGAUUCUAUUGAAAUUGUUUUAUUAAGACUUGAAUAUCAUAUUUUUAUGUAAUAUUUGUUUCACAGUUUGCAGCAUUCAAAGAUUUUUAUAAGGAUAUCUGCACUAUAUGCAAAAAAUGGCUUAAAACUGAUACAUUUGUGUGGCAAUAGACAGGAAUCAAAUAGUUAAAUUCCCCAAUAUAAACAGUAUAACUCGCAUGAAAUUGUGCUAGGUUGUUUUUUUUUCAAUUUUUUGCCAUUUGUUAAAAAUUCUUGAAUACCCUACUAUAUAUUGUACUUUUUUAAUUUCAUAUACUUUUUAAUUUACAUCUCACCAUCUCUAUUAAGUUAUGUGAACCAUACUAUAAGAUGUGAAUGAGAGUCCAUGAGAACAUUAGAAUAAAUAAGUAAAGAAUAAAUUCUCUCACAGAUUUUGGCCUAGGUCUUGAGUGUGGUAAUGAUCAACUGUAUCAUUAGUACUCCAAUAUUCAUUAGUGUUGAAUUUACAUUUGAUGUUUGGUAAAUGACUACUUUACUACCUUUUGCAUAUUUAAUAAUGCCAAUUCUACAGGAAAGAUCUUUAAAGAGUAGAUCUUAAGUCUUUAGGUCCAUCCAAAGCAGAUAAUUGAUCCUUUUUUGUUUUCAGAAAUACUUUUUGUACUUGCAGCUAAGAUGUUUGACAGCCAUACUACUGAAAUCGUUAAAUUCAUAAAUUUUUUAUAUUUUUAAACUUCUUAAACCUAAUUUAUUUGUUUUGUAUUCUGAAAAUUUCUACGUUACAUUCCUUUUCUAAUUUUAGACACUUAGAAAUCCAAAUUACAAUUUUUCAUAAAAUGUAUAACUGUAUGUAAGUGAAAAUACUUUAAAUGAUCUUCUGUUUGUUGUAAUGAGUAUUAUGCUUAUUCUAAGUUCAAUCAUGCAGACACAAUGCUUGUAUACAUAUCCAAGUAUACUCCACAACCUUUAGGUGUCAUGCUUAACUUCAAACAUGGAUGUUUUUUUUAUCACCCUUUGUUGUCAUUAGCAGAUACAGUGGUAAUCAUACAGGUAGUAAAUCACUAGCUGAAAAUGGGGCGACAGGUUAGAUGAUAACUGGAGAAUAUGUGGGAUACUAUACAUAUCUAAUUAGCAAAUACUUACAGUUCUUCUUGUUAUUUCCCUGCAAGUGGCCAAAGAUUAAUAGCCAUAGUUAAUAAGAAAAAGUAGUAAACGAUUAAUAAUGAGAACUAGGUAAUUCUAUAGGCUGCUAGCCAUAACAACAAAAAAUAUAUGUUCAAAGUUGCUUUAUAUAAAAAAACGAGAAAGAUCUGAAUCUACUUGUAACUUGUAAUAAAAUGGUCAUGUGUGUUCUGUUAUACUGGUAACCCAUUCUUGAAAACAUUAUAGUUUUCAACAACAUAUUACCCUCUGGUAAGUGUUUUUUUCACAUUGGUAACCUUACUAAUUCCAGUCAAGUAUUAAUAUUUAUGCCAAAGAAAUUCUGUGAUGGUUUUUUAUAUAUGUUUGUACAUUUAUUAUUUUAUAAUUUAAGGAAUGUUUAAGAAUUUUUUUCCAGUGAACUACUGAUUUAUGAAAAGAGCUUGAAUGAAUGUUUCUACC